GCGCCGCAGCCGCUCCGCCCAGCCUCCCCGGCGCCUCCGCCGUAGCCUCCUGCACGCUGUCCGCCGGCUGCAACUGCGGCAGCUCCGGUCGCCUUCCUCGCGUCGUCCGCGCACAGUGUGCAAGGCUUUUGAACUUUAUACAUCUGGGGCCUGGACGCAUCGUCAUUCCGUGUUCUCUCAGCCGCAGCUGGGUGAAGAGAUGUUCAGUGUCCUGACCCGCCAGCCUUGUGAGCAAGCAGGCCUCAGGGCUCUCUCCCGAACUCCAGCCGUCGUCGCCUUGGUGGUCUUGCUUUUGAGCAUCGUGGUCCUGGUGACCGUCACACUCAUCCAGACUCACCACCAAGAGGUUCUCCUUCCAGGACUGAAGUAUGGAAUCGUGCUCGACGCCGGGUCUUCCAGAACCACCGUCUAUGUGUAUCAGUGGCCAGCGGAGAAGGAGAAUAAUACCGGAGUGGUCAGCCAGACCUACAAAUGCAGCGUGAAAGGCUCCGGGAUCUCCAGCUAUGGGAAUAACCCCCAAGAUGUCCCCAAAGCCUUUGAGGACUGCAUGCAAAAGGUCCAAGAGCAGAUUCCAGCCCACCUGCAUGGAUCCACGUGCGUUUACUUGGGGGCCACGGCCGGGAUGCGCUUGCUGAGGUUGCAGAACGAAACGGCAGCUAACGAAGUCCUCGCGAGCAUCCAAAACUACUUCCAGUCCCAGCCCUUUGAUUUUAGGGGUGCUCAAAUCAUUUCUGGGCAAGAGGAAGGAAUAUAUGGAUGGAUUACAGCCAACUAUUUAAUGGGCAAUUUCCUGGAGAAGGACCUAUGGCACAUGUGGGCGCAUCCGAAUGGAGUGGAGACCACAGGCGCCCUGGAUUUAGGCGGCGCCUCCACCCAGAUAUCCUUCGCAGUGGGAGAGACGGCGGAGCUGAACACCAGUGACAUUGUGCGGGUGUCCCUGUAUGGCUACGUGUACCCACUCUACACACGCAGCUUCCAGUGCUAUGGCCGCAAUGAGGCUGAGAAGAGAUUUCUGGCAAUGCUCCUUCAGAAUUCUACCACCAAAACCAAUGUCAUCAACCCCUGCUACCCUCGCGAUUACUCCACCUCCCUCAAAGGAGGCCACGUAUUCGACAGCCCGUGCACAGAGGAUCUGAAGCCUGGACGUUAUGACCCCAACGACACCAUCACUUUUGAAGGAACCGGGGACCCAUUGCUGUGCAGGGUGAAGGUGGCCUCCCUGUUUGCCUUCAAAGCUUGCCGCGGGCGAGAAGUCAGCUGCUUUGAUGGUAUUUAUCAGCCGGCAGUUAAAGGAUCUUUCGUGGCCUUUGCAGGGUUCUUCUACACAGCCAGCGCUUUGAACCUCACGGGCAGCUUUUCCCUGAGCACCUUCAACUCCAGCACCUGGGAUUUCUGCUCACAGAAUUGGGGUCAGCUCCCGCAGCUGCUGCCCCGGUUCGAUGAAGCCUAUGCCCGCUCCUACUGCUUCUCCGCCCACUAUAUCUACCACUUGCUCGUGAGCGGGUACAGAUUCACCGAGGACACCUGGCCCCAGAUCUGUUUUAAAAAAGAAGUGGAAAACAGCAGCAUAGCCUGGUCUCUGGGCUACAUGCUCAGCCUGACCAACCAGAUCCCAGCAGAAAUGCCCCUGGUCCGCCUGCCCCUGAAGCCCCCGACCUUUAUGAGCACCAUGGCCUUCUUCACGGGAGUGGCCUUGCUGAGCCUGGCCUUCCUGGUGGUCUACCUGUACAUGUCGUCCAGGAAACAGCGGCGCUCCCAGCAUGUCUUGGACCACACGGUGGAUUCUGAGUGAGCCUUGGAAGCAGCUUCUGGAACCAAAGGGCCACCCAGACCCAGCCUGGGCGGCACCAGACAAUGCACAUGAAAUGCCUGUCUGCGGGGGACACAACCAAAGUCAAAUACUUAGGUCGUGCGCCCCCUCAGACACCGACCGAUGCCAAAGCACCUCCUGGGGAGUCCCUCAACUGUUCUGUGUACCUUGCUCCUCCAGGGAUGCCACCCCCUGGCUUGCUGGCCUCCUGGGAGCAGGGAAGACGGGCCAUCAAAGUCAGGCUCUGUAUUCCCGUGCCCAGGAGGGAAAGUAAGCGGAGCCUAAGACAGUUUAGUGUUGAAGAACUGGCUUCAGGGCUCCUUCCGCACUCUGUCCUCCAUCGGAAGCGCCGUGUUCCUCCUGGUGAGUUUGGAGGCUGCACCCACGCAGCCUUUGACCCAGUCCUAGAGCUGGUUUUGUGGCUUUCUCCCAAUUGUCCUUAACUGAGACUUCCCUCUAGCAAUCCCAUACACAUGCAGCUCCUUCAGACCGUCGAACAGUCUUUGGGAGAGACAACGCCUUUACGCCAAACAACGGUGGUCACAGCCAGCUUCUGUCAUGCAGGCAGAAAGAACCUGAAGGACAGACACACAGCAAGUCUCCCAGAAAACUCCUGGCCAUUUUCGAAGUGGGGUUCCCACUCGGGCCUCUGGUCGUUAGACUGCAGCUGAUGUGUGUGGCACUAUCUUGCCCUCCCCUGCCCACUGCUCUUGUUGUCGUAGGCAGCGUGUGCUGCUGGCGAGGGUGUGGCACCCCAGAUCACUUCUCCAUCCUUCCGUUGUUCGCAUGGAGUGCGCAUUUUGUCCACCGUUCCCGCAGGUAUACUUGAUGCUGUCACAUGCUGUUCCGGCAUCUGCCUACCAGUUACUUAGCUACGUGGUAGACCUUGCUGCAUAGUAGCCAUUGUUCUCGACUUUGGAGAAAGAAAAGGAAGCUGCAGGGACAUUUAACACGGAAGUGGGAUGAGAAAGAACGCCAGCAUGUCAAUGGCUACCAAGUAAAAAUCAACAUGCUUUCAGAUUGUUGUUUGGUAGCUUGCCGGGGAAUAAAGGACUCAAUUUAUUUUGA